AUGAGUGACACUAGAAAGCGAAGCAGCAUCUGGCUGCAGUUUAAAGAUAUUGGGAACAAGAAAGCAGAGUGCCUUCACUGCAAAACGAAGGUCACUAUAAGAGCAGGUUCCACCACAAACCUGCAUAGACAUACAAGAACUGUCCAUCCUACAGUGCAGUUAGAGGAGAGAGGGCAAGCCAGCUCACCAUCUACUGAUCCUGGUGUGUCUCAUACCAGAACAACAGCUGCUGUAACGUCUACUGCCAUCCCCAUGCGUGCAAGUAUAACCUCUCCUACUGCAACUCAAAGCAAAAUAAGUCAGUUUUUACCUAAACUGAUGACCCCAGCCAAACAGCACAGUAUUGAUGAUGAGUUGGCUAAAAUGGUAGCUUCUGAUUUUCAACCCUUUUCCAUUGUGGAGGACAAAGGAAUGAAAAACUUUGUCAAAGCCCUAAAUCCCACAUACACUCUACCCAGUAGAAAAACACUUUCCCAAACAAUGAUCCCAAAACUAUAUGACACAGAACGUGCAUUAUGGCAAGAAAGGGUGACAAAAGCUCCAUCAGUUUGCCUGACAACUGACUGCUGGACCUCCAGAACAACCUGCUCUUUCAUGUCUGUCACUUGCCACUUUAUUGAAGAUUACAAGAUGACAUCUUGCCUUCUGGACUGCUUCGAGUUCACCGACAGACACACUGCAGAAAACUUGGCAGUGGAGCUACUAAGAGUGGCAAAAGAGUGGCAAGUAGAGGACAAAGUGGUGUGCUGUGUGAGUGAUAAUGCUGCAAACAUCACCAAAGCCAUAAAAGUUUUGAAGUGGACCCAUCACCCAUGUCUGGCGCAUACACUAAACCUGGUGGUUAGAGAUGCUCUGAAGGUGAUCAAAACAACCGUGGAUAAGGUGAAGGCUGUUGUGGAGUUUUUCCACAAAAGCACAGUAGCAGCACAGAAGCUAAAGUCCACACAGCGCCAAAUGGGGAUUCCUGAACUGAGGCCCAAACAAGAGUGUGCCACCAGGUGGAACUCAACAUUUGAUAUGUUGAAACGAAUGCUUGAAAUAAAAGAUGCCAUCAUCUCCACCCUGGCCCUCAUCAACGCAUCUAUUGAGCCAUUAAGCCAAGAGGAAUGGGAGCUGGUGAAAGAGGUCUGCGCCGUCCUGCAACCAUUCCAGGAGGUGACUGUGGAGAUAAGUGCAGACAGGUACCUAGAACCAUUGAAGCAUUGUUUUCUCUACUACUAUUCAGUCACUAUUAUACAUUGCAAACACAACACAUACAGUAUAAUGCAUCACGUAUAAUAUGCCACAUACUUUUAAAAAACUAAAUUCUAAAAGUUGCUGUUUUCUCUCCUUCAGCUAUGUCACAGCCUCGAAAAUGCUCCUGCUUUGCAAAGGUCUGCAGCUGGUGACAGCCGAGAACCAAUGGACAGUAACUGUGCAGAAAGUGAAGGAAUUAGUUGCAGCUCUUUGUUCAGCCAUGGACCGCAAAUUUCUGCGGAUGGAGUACAACACUGUCCUUUCAGAAACUACCUUAUUGGAUCCAAGGUUUAAAAAACUUGCCUUCAGUGAUUGUAGAGCUGUUGAUGAAGCUCUUCAGAGGAUUAGUGCAGCAGCAGCAGCAAAAUGCACCCCCAGCAGCCAGCCAGCUCCACCAUUACAGGGCCAAGUGGAGGAGGAGCAGCAAACCUCUGCUGUUUGGAGGCUUUUUGAUGACAGAGCUACAGGAGAUGCUUCAAGGAGAAAUCCGACAGCUGAUGCUAUAAUGGAGGUGAGGAGCUACCUUGAGGAGCCCCUCAUCCAGAGAGCAGAAGACCCACUGAGCUGGUGGCAGGCCAAGGCCUCAGUCUUUCCACUUCUGGUGAAGGUGAUGGAGGGGAGACUAUGUAUUGUUGCCACAUCAGUUCCUUCUGAGAGAAUCUUCUCCAAAACAGGGCAGAUACUCACGGAGAGGCGAAAUCGUAUCAGGCCUAUCAGCCCAUCCAAGCUGAGGCAUCUGAUCUUCCUGAAUGCCAACCUGCCCUGAGGACUAAUGCUGUUUGCUGGAGUUUGGUUCUGGUUUUGAUUCUGUUCUGUGGAUUUGUUUGAAGUUUAUUGUUAAUUUGUGCAAUAAAAAAGUUUAAUUGAAAUAAACAAAUGUAAGAGUGGUUUUGUCACAGAAUAAAUGCACAGAAUUAGGCAUUAUAAGGUCUCUCAUAAAAACACUGAAAGCAAAAGGGUUUUCAACACAUAAACCAUGAUUUUUUUUCAAAGUUAAGGUAAAAUAUAGGCUACAAAAGAUCCUAAAUAAAGAGCCGUUCGGGAGUCGAAAGAGCCGGCUCUUCUUUGGGAGCCGAGUCAAAAGAGCCGGCUCUCAGAAAAGAGCCGAACUUCCCAUCAUUAAU